AUGACGGGGGCUAACACUCGAGUAUUGUUCCUAGCGAACAGUGAACAUGGUCAGACCAACAUCAUUUUAGCCCUUUCUCAUGAGCUCCUUCUGCGUGGUGAUAUUGAUGUACACAUUGGGUCCUUUCCUGCCCUCAAGAAAAGGGUGGACAAGCUCCUUCAUGACAACGCUGGAUUGUAUGAUUCACGUUACUCCUCACGCAUUCAUUUUCAUCCAGUGCACGGACCAUCCAACACUGAUGUCUUCAUCCGCACCGGGAAAAGAGGAGCAUUUCAUCCUCCUGGGUACGAGGGCUCAAUCCUGGGCUUCAAGUCCUUAAUUGAAGAUAUCUGGGGCUGGAAUGAAGAGGAAUACGUUGAUGUCUAUCGGAGCUGUCUCGAUAUUAUUGAGGAGGCCAAUCCUUCCGUGAUCGUAGUGGAUUUUUUCUUUCUCCAGGGGCGCGAUGCGGCGUACAAUGCUGGUCAUACAGCUAUUUUGAUGAAUACUACAGCCCUCAGCCAUAUAGUGCUAGGACUACAGAAGAACGCUGCCUGGGCCUGGAAAUAUCCAUUACCAGGUACUGGCUUUCCAUACCCUCUUCCUUGGCAUCUUAUUCCUUGGAAUACUAUGGCGGUCUUGAAAACAGCGAAAAUAUACCAUGGCAGCGGGCGACGCCGUGAAAUCCGCGAAUGGAGAAUUCGAAACAAGAUUCAAGGUCGGUUCCCUUUUGCAGACGCCUGGCGGCCGGACCGAGUCCACUUAUCUCCAGCUCUAAGAGAGCUCGACUGGCCAUUCGACGUACCAGACAAUGUUAUACCCUGUGGUCCUAUAUUACUACCUUGUGCAUCCGUGGAAAAGCAAGACCCGGAAUUGAAUGACUGGUUUAAGAAAGCACCGACUAUUCUGGUUAAUCUUGGAACGCUUUACGCGCCUGACCCAAAGGUGGCUGAAAAAAUCUCCACUGGACUUAAACUUUUCCUUGACUCGUGGAGUGACAAAGCAAUACAAAUUCUAUGGAAACUCCCCAAACAUCCUAAUGAUGUCGACGACGUGUAUACGAGCUCUACUGAGUCGCUAAGCGAGGAAAUAAAGACAGAUCGCGUGAGAAUAAGACCGUGGUUUGAGGUCGAGCCCAUGGCUAUGCUUGAGACAGGACGAAUCGUUCUUUCCGUUCAUCAUGGUGGCGCCAAUUCGUGGUAUGAGGCAAUACAAACUGGGGUUCCCCAUAUUGUGCUACCUGCAUGGCAGGAUUGCUAUGAAAACGCGGCCAGGGCGGAAUGGCUAGGUAUAGGCGUCUAUGGAAACAAAACUGCCGCUCCUAAUGUCGAAUCGAAAGAACUCGCUAAAUCAAUUAGAAAGGUAAUGAGCAAUCGACCCUCGUAUGUCAAAAAGGCUGCAAGGCUGGCAGAGCUCUGUCAGAAGAAAGAAGGUCGCAUCAUUGGCGCGGAAAAAAUAGUCGACUUGGCAAAGAACCCUGAGAAAAUAAGACUAGAGGUACCAGGUGUCACUGUUGACGAUCUAAAUGGUAAUUUCCAGAAAAUCAGGAAUAGAUCAGGGCAAAUACUCGAAACUCCAAUGAAACAGAUCAAAAUGGAAGGGAAAACGGCCUCAAGACCGCUUCUAGAUCAGAUUACUGAAACCUUCAUUGUGACCCUGUCUAGCAACUCGUGGUUUCUCCUUCCGUUAUUCGGUUACUCAUUACUUCUAAUUCCUCGUGUGCGAGUCUUUGCUUUUGUUUAUAUCCUUUACAUCAAAUUCUUCGCCAAAGCCCACCAAAGUGGAUCAACGUGGUUUCGAAAUGACCGCUUUCGUAAAUCAUGGGUUUGGAAGCGCUUUGCAAUGUACUUUCCAUUAACUCUAUAUCGUUCCGCCCCUCUUUCUCCCCAGCGCAAAUAUAUCUUUGGAUAUCAUCCACACGGCGUUGCGUUCCGCGGAGCAGCUGGCUCCUUAGCAGCCGACGGUGCAGGCUUCUCUGAACUGUUCCCUGGUAUCACAAAUACUUUACUUAUGAAGGAUGACGCAUUUCGAGUUCCGCUUCUACGAGAGUAUCUGUUGAUGGUGGGAUUGAGCGGUGUAUCGCGUCAGUCAUGCAUCAAGCGACUCUCAACGGGAGGGCAUGAUGGUCGAGGCAUGGGUCAGGCAAUUACUAUUACCAUUGGCGGUAGCAGAGAAUACGAUAUUUCACGACCAGGAACAAUGGAAGUAGUCGUCAAGAUACGCAAGGGCUUCGUUCGCGUUGCCGUGGAGACUGGAGCAGACCUCGUGCCUGUCAUUGCGUUUGGUGAAAAUGAACUAUUUGACCGGGUGAAUGUCAAUGGUUCAACGGUCAACAAAAUUGUAACGCGUGUAUGGGAGUGGUUCGUUCAACACAAAGUGUCAUUUUCCACUGGGCGCUUCAAUAUCUUCUGCCCGUAUCGCAAACCCUUGCACGUCGUGGUAGGAAAUCCAAUUCCAGUGAAGCAACAACGACGAGACCCCGAUGAAAAAUACAUAGAUCAGCUACAUACUCAAUAUGUGGAAGGGCUGACCAAACUUUGGGCUGACUGGAAAGAGAUGUUUGAGCCUAGCAAUUCCGUGAAGUUCGAAAUUGUUCAAUAG